AAAGGCGCAGGUGCGCCGGCGGCAAAGGGGGAGAGCAGUGGCUCAUGGGAUACAAGCGAGUCUCUCUGAGAGGCGGCUUGAGGGGGGGAGCGGCAGCGGUGCAUUGUGGGAGUCGGCGUUCCAGAAGCGUUGGAUGCGAAGAGGCGGGCUCGUUCGUGCGCGGCCUUUUUCCAGGCGCUCAGUUCCAAUCGCGUGAUAGAACGGUCGAGCGGGAACGUUCUCCUCUGUGGGCAGCCAGCCAAUCCCUGUUGAGUGUAGAGCCCCGCUCACCUUGCGAUGGGGAGGUUCAGGAUGCCUUCAGGUAUAGCCAAGUCUCGCGAGUCCCGCCUUCUUAGCCCGGGAAACGGGGAGCGGCGGGAGACGAGGACGAGCUCGCGCUGUUAAUUUUAGCAGGUUUUCGUCAUGCAUCCUUGCUGCACCCUCAUUGUACACCGCUGAGAUGCUAUGGCAUAUAAAUUAGAAAAAUAAAAAUAAGCGAGGAAGGGGGGCUGCCCCACCAGUUGCAGUGUCGGUAGAAGAAUCAGGUUCUGGCAGUGCCCCCCCCCCCCGCCACCGUGCACACUUUAAUCUGGGCCUUGCCAGUAAUUGCCUUGCUAGUAAUCAAGAACUGGGAUCGGGCGGUAGAAGAUUCUCCACACACAGCCGCCAGGCAGGGAGGGAGACGCUUUGCAAAAGAAAAUAACCCCAGGCGUGCUACGCUGCGUGUGGCCCUCUUGGCAGUAUGAAGGCUGACCUGUCUAGGAUCAGACUGGAAAUGGGAGAGGCGGUUCCCCCAUGUUUCUGAUCCCCCCCCCCCCGCCGGCCUUCACAACUCUAGAUCAGACAAGUGUCUCCAAAAUCAUAGUUCGUUUUUGGUCUGUGUUUGGAGGCUCACAUCCAGUUAUGAAGUCAUAUCCUGAUGCCAGUGUGCCUGCCUCCAGCACAAUCGCAUAGAAGGCCUGUUUUGGGAGGCUACACAGAUUAUAAUUAGAAAGGGUUCUCACUCAGUGGCAAAGUUUAUGCUGUUUCCCAGUUAAGUCCCGUAGAAUGGUGAAGGUCUUCUGUCAGAAAGCCUAAAGAGCAAGUGCCAUUUAGUUUAAGUGACAGGUCAGCAACCUUUUUCAGCCGUGGGCCAGUCCACCGUCCCUCAGACCAUGUGGUGGGCCGGACUAUAUUUUUUUGGGGGGGGGAAUGGACAAAUUCCUAUGCCCCACAAAUAACCCAGAGAUGCAUUAUAAAUAAAAGCACACAUUCUAGUCAUGUAAAAACACCAGGCAAGCCCCACAAAUAACCCAGAUAUGCAUUUUAAAUAAAAGGACACAUUUUACUCAUGUAAAAACACGCUGAUUCCCAGACUGUACGUGGGCCGGAUUGAGAAGGCGAUUGGGCGGCAUCCGGCCCACGGGCCUUAGGGUCCCUACCCCUGGUUUAAGCCAUGGGUCACCAACCCGUUGUGGAUCAAGCGGCACAUUUUGCUAGAGUGCUGUGAGUGCCAGUCACUGAGCUACAGCCCUUCCUCAAAGAUCAAAGGUAAUGGAUAUCUUGGAAUUCUUGGCUAUUUCUCUAUAAAAUGAGGGGUGUGGCUUGGGAGUGUGUGUUCCCUGGAGAGAGUCUCAAGGGCUAGAUCAGAAAGGCUGGCAUUUGGCCCCUGGGCCUGAGCGUUCCCUGUUUCUGGCAAAUGUAAUGCUGAGCUAGAUGUAGCCCUGGUCUGACUUCCUGUAAGGCAGCUUCCUUUGUUUCUGCUAACAUUCCUCCUGCUGUAUAUCCCACACUUGAGAGGCUGGACAUGUUUAAUGCACAAUGUUCCCUGCCCAGUAUGUCCCUCUGAGAGAAAGCAAGCUGCAAUCCAGGUGAUUGAAUACAAAAGGAGUAGUGCUGUGGGAGGGAUGGCAAGCUCAAGUGGAGUCAUAACGUGGACUGAAUCUUGCGGCUACCAAUGGUGCAAUUGUUCUUGGUGGUUUCUUAGGGUGUGCUUUCAUAGGAUGACACUGGCUGAUCAGUUGCGACUUUGAACGUGAGAGAUUUUGCCUUUGUGCAGAGCACGGAACUAGAUUGACUUCCAAGUCUUUGUACAUCUCUGCAAUUUUCAAGGCUACUUCAUAUGUCGUUUUUGAAAUAAAGAUGCAUUUCCAAGUAUGUGCCCUCUGCACAUGUGAAUGGUUGCAUUAGUGUCUUCGUGUGUGCCCUUCCACGAUACGUUUGGAAGGUGGCAAGACGAGAAUGAGCCUUUUUUUGCAGUUGCUCCCCACUUGUGGUGCUUUCAUUGCAUUUUUUGAGGUGCCAGGCAAAAACAUUUCUCUUCUCCCAGGCCUUUGGCUAAUUAAACAUUCUACAGCCUUUUAAACUGGGUGAAGGAGAUUGCUUUUGUUUGUUUGUUAUUAUGGUAUGUGUUUUUGUGUUUUUAUAUUGCAAACUGCCCUGUGAUCCUUGGAUGAAGGGUGGUAGAGAAAUUAAUAUAAUAAUAAAAAAUGAUAGUGUAUUUUUGUCUUGAGCGUAUGCAUCGUUGCUCCCUCUAAUAAAGAACUCAGUGUGUUGAGUGCCACUGGAAAUGGCACCAAAAUGCGGGACACUAAGAAACAAGAAGGUACUGGCAUGCUGGGAGGAACCCUGGGUUUGCCAAAGUAAAAAAAUAAAAGAUAAGAUAAAACCUGGGAUUCUGGAUUGUCCUGCUUGGAGAGAUUGGGUGGGAUUCAACUAAGUUGUUGCAUGCAAGGAGUUAGCUCUGCUCACUUACUGGAAUUUCCCCCCUCUCCCUGCACCCCAUAAAUCUGCUCUGGAGAGUUGGGGGAACCCCCAGAAAAGGUUUAGGGGGCGUGCAGGGGAGGAGAGAGGGGAAAGUCCCAUUGCGUGAGCGGACCUCAUUCUGUACACACAUGCCCAACUUAGUACUGCAUUGCAUUCCUCCCAUUGACUGGCUGAACAGGACCACUUCUGUUAAUACAUGCGGAUAAAUUACAACACUUUACUGCACACUUCUCUGUGAGCUGUGACCAUUUGGUCCUGUUUACAUCAUGGCUGCUUACUUAGGCUGAUCGACUGCUGUCAGGUGGGAUUGUUAGUUGCUAGCAUGCAUAUUCUGAUAGCUCCAUCCUGCUUGGAGAUAUUUUGGGUAAAGUAUUCUUCUUUGGACAGAAGUGAUUCAGUCUUUGUUAGUCACACCAAGGCUUGUGUAGGGAUGAUUGGCAAGGAAAGAAAAAGUUCCCAUGUAUAAUUAAAUGAACAGACGAUACUGUGUCAAUGAGGGGAUAAUUUUCUUAAUCAAAAUGCUUUCCAAAGACCCUAAUAGUCACAUUUAAGGAAGUAAAUGAGAAAAUUCUUUGUUGGCAAGUAAAAUAAAGUGCUUCACCCCAAACUGAAUUAAAAAUAGUGACAGUUCCAUCUGAUAGGUUCUUCUCUUCCCUGUCCUUGUUGUGUGACUCUGUGUGUUCCAUCUCUGCAGGCACUUUUAUCCCAGCCUCACUCAGAAUACAGAAAGCUUCUCCAUGCUUGAAACAAGAGUAUGGUGAGAUAGGGGUGGGUGGCAGGGUUGAGCUCUCCUCACCCAUACAGUAUAUGAAAAAUUGACACCUAUGUACUGCCUGAGCAAUUGAAACUCACUUUUUUCUUACCCCUUAGAUAUUACUGACACAAAAGCGUAAAUUUGGGGCUGCUCCCAUAUUAUCUUGCUUUGCUCUCAGUUCCUUGCUGAGGGAUGUUUUCUGUUUACAGUAUGUCAGGUGCUUUGUUUUUAAUCUUCUUCCUGGUUAACUGAAGUAAAAUUGAUGAUGAAUUCUUGAAGGUGAUUUCCAUUAAUCUGUCAAAACAAAACCAAAAAUUAAGCCUAGGGGCACUUUAGCAAAUGUAUAUUUUUGUUAAUCUUUAAGGUGCCUCGGGAUGACUCGGUUGAUUUUGUAGAAGCAGGCUUCGUAGCAUGUUGAGACGCAUGUGAAAAGCACAGUUUGCCUUGUGCAAGUUUAAUCUUUUCAUAAUGAAAUGUUGGCAAAGCCUUUCUCACAGAUUGUACUUUGGCAGACCGAUCCUCUAUACAUCUACUCAAAAGCAAGUUCCAUUGAGUUAACCAAGACUUAUUCCCAGCUUUAUAGAUGCAGGUUGCAACCUAAAUAAUCUUAAUGAGAAGUCUUAUAUUUUGUUUUGCUGCACAAAUGGUAACUCAAGGUAAAUCCUCUGAAAGCACAAUAAGGUGGUGUUACGGCCACUAAUUUGAUCAGUUCUUUUCUCUAGGAAGAGAGAGUUCAACAAGAUGUACAUAUAAGGGAAGUAAAAGCGCCCAUGCCAGAAUGAUGGUUUUAGCUCCUUGGUAAGUGGGACAGCCGUUUCAUCCCUUUCACUUAGGCAGUAACUCUGCUUCCAUAUUCUGGUUCUGUAGGAACCAGGUGACUCUAACCAGUGUUCAAAGCUCCCAUUGUUCUAGGUGCAUUUUGCGACAGGGUAUUUCAUUAGCGCGAGCAGUUUCUGAGCUCUGGGCACAGUACUGUGCUUAAGAUUUCAGAUUAAGACUGCAGAGUGGAAGGAAAGGAGGACCUUUUCCUGCCUCCCCACUUUCAGGUACUCUGAAGACUGGAGAAGAGACCCUCUUAAGAAUAUUAGGGGGGUGGGCAGGAGAAGGACUAGACCAUGGGUAGGCAAACUAAGACCUGGGGGCCAGAUCCGGCCCAAUCAUCUUCUAAAUCUGGCCCGCGGACUGUCCAGGAAUCAGCAUGUUUUUACAUGAGUAGACUGUGUCCUUUUAUUUUAAACGCAUUUCUGGGUUAUUUGUGGGGCCUGCCUGGUGUUUUUACAUGAGUACAAUGUGUGGCUUUUAUUGAAAUGCAUCUCUGGGUUAUUUGUGGGGCGUAGGAAUUCGUUCAUUUUCCCCAAAAAAUAUAGUCCCGCCCCCCACAAGGUCUGAGGGACAGAAGAGCGGCCCCCUGCUGAAAAAGUUUGCUGACCCCUGGACUAGACAGUGUGAAAAAUGAACAUAGUAUUUUAGCUGCAGUUCAUUCAUUUUCAGCUUUGUAUUCUUGUUAUAAAAAAGUACACCUAGGCAUUCCGUUGUUGCGCCCAUAACCUAGGUUUAUAUCUCAGUUCAUAUCUCAGUUUCUAACAGUGGCUCUAACUUCAUACAGCAGCGUUUCCCAUCUGGCCACGUGGGAAAUGAUGACCCAGAAUAUUGUCUUUGUCACCCCAAAUUCUAACUUGCCACUUUUCAUUCCCCAUAACCUCAGGAACAUUGCCACGGUACGCAAUGCUGGCAUGGCAUUUCCUGUGUUUCCCUCGUAAUAGCAGAAAUGACAUCCAUGAAAAUCUUUCCAUAAAAGAAAAAACAAAACAGAAAUAAGAUAUUUCUGGGUGUGAGAAGUUUACCGAACACUUUUUCAGUUUCCUUGAGCUCUGUGUUUAUAUGCUUGGGGGAGGUAACUUUCUGGAAAAGGGACAUGAGCCCAGGUAUUUGAGUCGGAAGAGGUGAAGGAUCUCGGGCGAAGGAGCAGGCCAAGAUCUGAAUUCUGGGCAAGCAGGCAAGUUGGGUAGGAGUGUAGAGGGGUAAAAAAAUGGGCUUUGGGAUUGUCAAGACUGGGAUAGCUGAGAAGUGGCUUGCAGAGAAGAGUGGAUCACUCUCCUUGGGCUUAGGAGAGUGACAGCCUUGGAGCAAUGUCAGCAGCUCCUGGAAUCUCAGGUUGCAGCUUUGGUACAGAAGGUUGCAUAUCGGUUACAUCCUUUGCUGGUCCCGAUGCCCUGCGAGUGAACCUGUAAUUAAGUCCGCCCAGCUAUACUGAUUACAUUACCUCACAUUAAUUCUGCAGACUUCCUUGCUUUUCAUCACCAGGUGGCAGUUUUCAGGGGCCUGUAAUUUUUCAGAGGUUUAUAUUUAGGGUCCAUUGUAACAUCUUACAUUGUGGUAUGUACAUGGUUGUAAACCUACACCUAAAAAAAGGUAAUGUGAUCAAUAUGUGUACUACGACAUUACCACAGCUUCAAGUGGCAACCAGUACAUAAAAAGCAGCCAUCAUAGAUGGGCCUGUCACCUCACUUAAACUCCUCAAGGAAGCCAGAUCGUGUUCUGAGGCAAGAGUCUCUGAGAGAGAUGUUGUCUGAUCAGAUACCCUGUCAAUGCACCCUCAGCUUUGCCUUGAAAAGGUACAAAUAGCCAAUUGUAUGAAGAUCACCAUUUAGGAGUCUAAAGCAGUCUCCGAAUGGGUCCCAAACUACUAAUAUAUAGUGCAGGGUGGAGAAACCUCUGAUUCUCCAGAUGUUGGUGAACUACAUUAGCAUGGCCUAAUGGUUGGCCAUGCUGUCUGGGGAUGAUCGUAGUUGGGAGAGCCAACAACCAACUGGAGGGCUACCGGUUUGCCUACCCUGAUUUAAGGCUAUUGCCCUUGAGUCAUAGGACAGGUUCCUUAUUUGUAUGUGACUUGUCAGUUGGGGCUCAGAACUUAGCAUGCCUAAAUGCAUUUUGCACCGAAAUGGCAAUAGCUGAGAGCCAAACAUAAUUCUGGGGCAGCCCUUCCCAGCCUGCUGCCUUCCAGCGUCAUCCUUGGCCACUGGGCAUGCUGGGUGGAGAUGAUGGGAAUUCUUGUCCAAAACAUCUGGAGGGUACCAGGUUGAGAGAAGUUUUUCUAGGACAUCUCAUGAUAAAGACAAUUCUCCAACCAGCACUGGUGGCCCAGAAACUGAUUUUGGAGAUACUGUUGACUAAUCCGUGUUCAUUAUUGAAUGUUGUGUUUCUUUCUGGUGAUUUAAUGGAUAUUAUAUAGAUAUUUUGGAAGUGCCAUGGUCUGAUCACUACGCUCUGAAAGCCAAGAUUGACUUCCCGCUCCUCCCUGGCUCGGGUGGCGAACCUAUUUGGGCUCGUCCGCGAAAACUGAUGGAUCCUGAUAGAUUCCGACAAGCCUUGCGGAACCCUGCUCCUCCUGGCGACUCAUUAGAUGACCUUGUUGAGGACUGGAAUAACCGGCUCUUGGCAGCCAUUGAUGAGAUCGCGCCUAAGCGCCCUCUGCGACCCCGUCGAAACCGGGCCCCUUGGUUUACUGAGGAGCUCCAGAAAAUGAAGCGGGAUCUCAGAUGGCUAGAGCGAGUAUGGCGACGGACUCAUGACGGAGCCUCAAGAACAUCUUAUAGGACGCUUAUGAAAGCCUAUGAGAUGGCUAUGAAAGCUGCUAAGAAAUCUUACUUUGCAGCUUCCAUUGCAUCCGCUAGCUCUCGCCCGGCACAACUUUUUAGAAUAAUUAGGUCAAUAACGUCCUUAGGAGGACAACCAAAUUUAAGCACAAAUUUGACCCACAGCUGUGAGGCAUUCACGAGCUUUUUUGCGGAGAAAGUCCUGUUGCUCCGCCGUGGCCUCCCUUCCAAUUUAGAUACAAUGACUGAACUGGAGGCCCCUCGACUGACUUCAGGUCCAGUGUUGGACCAUUUCGAUCGGAUACUCCCUACUGAUGUGGAUGGAUUUCUCCAAGUUGGUAGGCCCACCACCUGCCUCCUUGAUCCGUGCCCGUCUUGGCUGAUUAGGGAGUGUCCAGAUGUUGUGCGGACCCCCCUGGUUGAAAUUAUCAAUUUGUCCCUUGACACAGGGACAUUCCCAGGGGAACUGAAGGAAGCAGUGGUGUGUCCACUCUUAAAGAAAACUUCAUUAGAUCCCUUAGACCUAUCCAAUUACCGCCCAGUUUCAAAUCUUCCAUAACUGGGUAAGGUAAUUGGGAGAGCGGUUGCUGAACAGCUUGGUAGGUUUCUGGAAGAAACAUCGGCAUUAGAUCCAUUUCAGUCCGGUUUCCGUCCUGGUUUUGGGACGGAGACGGCUCUGGUUGCCCUAACAGAUGAUCUCCGUAGACAACUGGAUCAAGGCGGGUCAGGACUGCUGAUCCUUUUAGAUUUGUCAGCAGCCUUUGACAUAGUCGAUCAUGAUCUUCUGGAGCACCGCCUCGCAGACGUGGGGAUACAGGGCAUAGCCCGUAACUGGUUGUGCUCUUUUAUCUCUGGUCGGGGACAGAGGGUGGCACUAGGGAGGGAAAUGUCGUCGCGCCACUCCUUGGUGUGUGGAGUGCCGCAGGGCGCAAUUCUCUCCCCGAUGCUUUUUAACAUCUUUAUGCGCCCCCUUGCCCAGAUUAUCCGGAGCUUUGGGCUGGGCUGUCACCAAUAUGCUGAUGACACUCAACUCUAUCUGCUGAUUGAUGGCCACACAGACUCGGCCCCAAACACACUGACCAGAUGCUUGGAAGCUGUGGCUGGAUGGUUUCGUGGGAGCCGAUUGAAACUAAAUCCUUCGAAGACAGAGGUCCUAUGGCUAGGUCGGGAUGGCAUGGGGAUGAGGGACCAACUCCCUUCUCUUGCAGGGGCCCAAUUAGUGCCAUUGCCUUCCGUUAAGAGUUUGGGUGUAAUCCUUGACCCCUCCCUUUCCAUGGAGGCGCAAGUUACAGCAACAGCCAAGGCGACAUUUUUCCACCUUCGCCGCAUCAAGCAGUUGGUCCCUUACCUUUCCCGCCCCGACCUGGCCACAGUGAUCCAUGCGACGGUCAUCUCCAGGCUUGACUACUGUAAUUCGCUCUACGCGGGGCUGCCCUUGAAGCUGUCCCAGAAACUCCAGCGGGUACAGAAUGCUGCAGCGAGGCUCCUCACGGAUUCUCUGCCAUGGGAGCAUAUUCACCCAGUGCUUUUCAAGUUGCACUGGCUCCCGGUGGAGUACAGGGUCAGAUUUAAGGUGCUGCUUUUGACCUUUAAAGCCCUUCACGGCCUAGGACCCUCGUACCUACGGGACCGCCUCUCCUGGUAUGCCCCACGGAGAGCCUCAAGGUCCAUAAAUAACAACACCCUUGUGGUCCCAGGCCCUAAGGAAGUUAGAUUGGCUUCAACCAGAGCCAGGGCCUUUUCAACUCUGGCUCUGGUCUGGUGGAACGCUCUGCCUCAUGAGACCAGGGCCCUGCAGGAUCUGAUUUCUUUCCGCAGGGCCUGUAAGACAGAGUUGUUCCACCUGGCCUUUGGCUUGGAGCCAAUUUGAUUCCCUCCCUCCCUCUCUUUCCUUUUUCUUUUCCUUCUCCUCCUGCGAUGAGGCUACAUUUUAAUAUUUUAAUGUUCCAUUAUUUUAAUGUUGUAUUUUAUUUUUGUUUUUAAGUUGUAAUCAUUCAUCUUGUUUUUAUUAUUGCUUGUAAGCCGCUCUGAGCCCGGCCUUGGCUGGGGAGGGCGGGGUAUAAAUAAAAAAUUAUUAUUAUUAUUAUAAUACAAUUCCAGGUACAGUGAAUCAUUUCGGUUAAUAUAUGCUUGUACGUCGAUUUGUAAUUAACUUGAACACCUCUUUAAACCUCCUCCAGUGGAUUUAAUAAGGAAGUAGGAAGUAUCUCCAGUCUUGUAUAGUGGAGCUCAAGCCAUAGUCAGAAGCAACAUUCAGAAGAACAUAUCAAAAUGAUUUAUUCAAAUUAAUAUGCAGAUUAGGACCAUUAUUCAUUAAUGGCAGCUUAUGAAGUUUUCAUUUAAAGGAGAUUAAUCUAAGCCCUUCACAAUCCCCAAGCAAUCCUGUCACGGAAGAAGCAAUUCUCAGCAGAUCUCCGCCAAGAUUAAUGAGGGCUUCUGGACUACGUUCCAAAAAGAGGCUUCAAAGUUGGAAAUGAAGGAACAGGAAAACAAGGAAACUUUGUUUGCAGCCUGGCCUGGCUGGAGCUGUUGCCAAAAAGUCAAACCUUUCUUCAAGGCAACUUAAAUUCAGUUUUGCCAUGGCUCCUUUUCUUGCUCAUGAGGGAAUAGCAGUAGCAGACGCAAGCAAAGGGGCGGCGGCUGUGAAAGUGCCAUUCACUUCCCCGCAGCAAAAUGUCAGUGGGGCUGUGAGUUGUGCUCAUUUUCGGUCUGCUAGCAAAUGAGGGUUUUCCAUAUUUAUAGCCUGGUUUUCCUUUUGCAGACCAAAGCAGCUGACUAAAUACCACAAAUGUACACUCUGAUAACAGUAGAUUUAAACAGCUAAUACAGCACACACAUCCAGAGUUUGGAGCAAAAUUAUCACAAGGCUAAGCUGAUGCACUGGGACUUCCAUGACAUUUGCCCCUUGAUACUUUUGUCUCACCUGUUCGUCCUUUCCCUUCCCUUCCCUUCCCUUCCCUUCCCUUCCCUUCUUCUGUGGUCUUUUCCACUGUUGCAAGUUGGUUUGCAAAAACUCCUCAGGACAGAGUCCAGUUGUUUUCAGCUAACUUUUAUUUGGAGUAGACCCAUUGCAUUUAAUGGCCAUGGCUCAUUUAGGUCUCUUGAUUUCAAUGAGCUGCUCUGAGUAAAAAUGGUUGAAUACAGGCACGUGCCUCUCUACUGACAUUACUUAGUAAAAGGCCUUGUGGGUUGCUUUUUGGAAAUGAAGCAGGCCGGUUCCUUCAGCACCUUGAGAGGUUUGCAUCUUGUCUUCUGCUUGUUCUGGAAGAGAUGCUCCCACCUCUUUCCUCCCCCAGCAGAUUGAUAAAGCUCCCUGGUCUUCUGUGUCACCCAAAGCAGUGCCUUCAGGAUGCUGCUGGAAUACACAUCAUCCCUCCGCGCUGGUGGAAAUUGACUGAGUCCAGCUAUGCAUAUCUGGAGGCUAUCACAUUUGCUAGCCUUGAGUCUAAAAGAUAUAAAAGGUCUAAACCAGAGGUGGGGAUCGGCAGGGUCCUUCCUUCCCCCAUCCACUGUGGAACAACACCCACCUCUCAGUCUUGUGACAACAGGUGACAGCUUGAAAAGGGGCUUGCCUUUGAGGUCCCUUUGGAAAUGGACUUCAGAGUGAGGUCUCGCUGCCUAUCAGCUGGUGGAUGCUAAGACACAUUGCCUUUGAAGUCUCUUUGCAAAACAGUUUGUGUUGAAAUUGCUUUAAGGCGGACUUCAAAGACCAUGCAUUUCACUUCCAAGCAACUGGUGGGAGCUGAGAAACUGAACCAUACAGGGCUUUAUAGCUCUAAACCUAUAAAGCCUUGUAUGACCUUGUGUGGCAGUUUUCCAUACCUUGGGAAUACACAGCUAGUUGGUGCACUUGGCAGCACUGGUUGAACACACACCUCCCAACUCGUGCAAUAAAUUGAAUUUCUAAACAGUCUUCAAGGGCAGUGCACGUGAAGCACGUUGUACUUGUCCGUCCUGGAGGUUACAAAGGGACACGUGACAUAGACAAGAUCCUCUGUAUCUAGGAGAGGGCUCAGUUGACAUAUCAGAUGGAAUCUCUUGUUGCCAAACCGGCAACCUGAGAUUCCAGGAGGUAUACCGGGUCAGGAAGCACGGCCACACGCAAGCCCAGUCAGGAAACGGUAUCACCCCCUUCCUAUCUGAAGCAUUUUUGCCUCCUCAGAGCACUGAGAAUCCCACACCAAAAUAGUAAUUGCCUUGUCUCAAUUUAGUCACCAUCCAUUCAACCCUGACCUCCAGACGUUGGUUUUAAGAACUGUCACUGAUGCUUCUAGAUUGCUUGAUGACAGAAUUGGGUGUCAUCAGUCUAUGGAUGAUAUCUCAGUGCUUUUGCCCUGUACACAAGGUACCUGAAGUGCAGGUUGGAGGCUGCUAUUUUUAAAAAUCGGAUGCACUUACGAAUUUCUUUUUUGGGUUGGGGCGGAAUCUAGUUUUUGGAAUUUAUUGCCAGACAAUGUUGGGUGAGGAAAAUGUGGAGUGCUUUUCUUGCCUUUGGAGGCUUCUGUUGCUUAGCAGCUUGCAGGGCCUGUCUUUUUGCCACCUGUUCAACCUCUUCAUUUACGGAUGGAUACUACAAAAGAAACACAAAACUAUUGUUCCCUCCUGACAAGGAAACUACAACUCAGGCAAGGGGAGGAGGUGGAGUACGGUUCAUCUGCUUCUGUAAGGCACCCUUUAGUGUAGGGCAUGGGUAGGCAAACUAAGGCCCGGGGGCCAGAUGCGGCCCAAUUGCCUUCUGAAUCCGGCCCGCGGAUGUUCCGGGAAUCAGCGUGUUUUUACAUGAGUAGAAUGUGCCCUUUUACUUAAAAUGCAUCUCUGGGUUAUUUGUGGGGCCUGCCUGGUGUUUUCACAUGAGUAGAAUGUGUGCUUUUAUUUAAAAUGCAUCUCUGGGUUAUUUGUGGGACAUAGGAAUUCAUUCAUUUCUCCCCCAAAAAUAUAGUCUGGCCCCCCCCCCACAAGGUCUGAGGCACAGUGGACGGGUCCCCUGCUGAAAACGUUUGCUGACCCCUGCUGUAGGGGCAAGCAACCUGCCACCCUCCUGAUGUUGGACUCCCAAUGGAAGCGGAUUUCGGGCAGUGCAACUGGUUCCACCACACUGGGCGCUGAGCAUUGGGGGCGCUUCAGGGCAUUGCAACUAUGAUGAGUAGAACGAGAGGCGGAGAGAGAGGGACAUGAAAUUUUGGCCUAGCACAGGGCUCCACUUAAAUUUGAAAGACCAAAAUCUGCCCAUGCUCCCAGUCCUGUCAGCCUCGGCUGGCAUGGCCAAUGCUCAAGAACGGUGGGAGUUGUAGUCCAUUAAUAUUUGGAGGGCCACAGUUUCCUCACCCCUGCUUCAGUGUAGGAAGACUCUAUUGUUCUAUCACCAUGAUUCUUGGCUUCUGGACCCUGCUGAGUUACCUCCUGCCCCAGCAUUAUGUUACUGUAGAGUAGUUGUGGUUACAGAUAAAAACUGGGUGAGGACAUUGAAGUUCCUUGUUUUUUUUCCUCAUUCUCCAAUGUCUGAGCUCCCUGGCUAGCUCGACCCUUUCCAUUCCUUAGCUAGUCACUGCAGCUUCUUACUUUGCAACCCUAACAUCACAGAGCACUGGCUUCGUAGCCUUCCAGUCUACCCCACUCUGCUUUUGGUGUGGGAGAAGGCAGUUUGGUAUACUGUCCUUUUCUAAAUAUACCGUUCUGCUUAACUUGCCUCAUCUAGUUUGUCUAGUUACCUAAUGGAAGGCAAAUGACUUUCAAGCAAGCCCUGCUGCGUAAAUUAUUAACUUCCUCACCUGAUCCAUCAAAUUGGCUAGGCAAGAAGACCUCUGGACUUUCCCAGGGGGUAGUGAGUAGGUUUUUCAGUUGUGGAGGCUGAGGCCAAGAGUACAUGCAGAGCUUCUGUGAGAUGGGUAAGUUAGGAGUGGAGAGAAACCCACCACCUGUCCUCCGUCUCUUUCCCGCCCCCUGAUUUCAUAGUGCGGCUCAAAAUAUUAAUUUUCCCUGUCCCUUGUUGCAGGAAAACUGCAGCUGGUUAACAACUUGGGUCAUGGCCUCUCUCUUUAAGGGUUGGCCUGUUGUUGGCAGAGCUUGCUGGCGCUCCACCUCUUGCUUCACCCGUGAGGCAGCUUCCCCCAACAUGGCCCUCCAGGAGCAUGGGCUUCAUUUAUUCCGCAGCGCUGUUGCCAGAGUCCUGCCGGGGCCUAUGCUGAAAAGGGCCCUGGUCUUGGAGCCAGGCGAAUGUCCAAGGCUUGUGUUGCACGGUCGGCCUUUUGAACUGAGGAGGAACUUGUAUCUGGUCGGCUUUGGGAAGGCUGUUCUGGGCAUGGCAGCUGCAGCAGAGGACAUCCUUGGAGACUACCUCUUCCAGGGAGUAAUUAGUGUUCCUCAAGGCAUCCAAGAAACUCUGCAGAACACAGGAAGGAGGUAUUGGUUUGUUAAGGGCAUUUCUAGUCCACGUUUUGUUUAAAAUAAUAACAAUCCUAGAGCGGGGUGUGAGGAAGCAGGGCCUGUUGGAGGGUGAUUUAAAUACACAACCAGGCCUGGGGGAGCAGCCUCAAGGUCCCCCUUACUGACUUGACAUGACUUCUUCCUCACUCUUGGUUGUGUACUGAACAAUCUGGUCUUCACUUUUCUGUCAGAAGUAUCUGUCAUCUAAACCCAGGCCCAGAGGCUUUUUAAAACAGUAGACAGUAAAGGAAUGUCCCUGUUACAAACAACAGUCCGUGCUACCAUUUUGGUUGUGCACUGUAGAUCCUUUAGAGAGAAAUUUUCCAGACUUUUUUCUUACUGUAGACUAACUACUUUAAACUCCUACCUAGUUUUGCUGUUAAAGGGCUGUUGUUGUUUUUUUGGGAUGUGUUACAGUUUUGCUAGUUAGGGCUUCCGAGAGUACUGUAUUUCCUAGGGAAAGAGAUCUGUGAUAGAUCCAAGAUCUGUGAUAGAUCCAAGACAGCAGCCACAUUUAGCUGAAAUGCUGUGGAAUCAUUUGCCCCUGCAGAAUGGAUUGUUAUGCCUGAAUAGCAGCACUUUGGGCUGCACAACAGAAGUCCCCCCUUUCCCUAUGUGCCCCCUAAAUCUAGAGAGUUGAAGAACCCCCAGGACAUAUUUAGGGGGUGCUCAAAAGGAGAGGGGGAGGAAUUUUGAUUGAGUGUUUAAAAAUGCUUGUGCUAGCAGACCUAUUUAGGUGGAUACUGCCCUCUGUUGCUUUUUUGUCACAUGUGCAUGCACAUCUUAAGUCUGGCAGUGAUGAUGUUUGUCCUGCUUUUGAUCACCCUGGUUGGUGGUUCAGCUGGAAUCAGGCUGUAAUUUCAUUCAUUAGGACCUCCUAGCUCUUGAGGGUAUGACACUGUCAGACCUCAGAGCCGAGCAACUGUCAGCCUACUGGGCAAUGGAUCUAUUAAAAUGAUGGCAUCUCACAGUCAUUCAGAAGGAACUGCCCUGUAGCUCUUCGUUUGCUGGGGUUUUCAAUGGUAGGCCGAGCUUGUGCCAGAAGAGAACCUGUUGAUCUUUUGUUAACCCCUACAGGGCAAUGUUGCUGAAGCCCCAGAGCCGCAUCCAAGUUAUGGAAGGAGCUAAGCACAACCUUCCUGACAGAGCAGCUCUGAAGGCAGCCAACGCUAUCCGGGAUUUGGCUGAGGGCCUGACAGCUGGGGACCUUCUCCUGGUGCUGAUUUCAGGUAAUGCCUUGGGAUUCCAGGACCAGGACUCGGGUUUUGCAGAGAGAGCCUGUCCUCCAUUAGCUUCCUUACUGUUCUUUCCCCCUUUUCUGAUCUGAUUUAUAUAUUUUUUUCUCCUCCCACUUGUGAAGGGAAGAAGCCACUGCACAAGCUUACCUAACAAACUAGGUCAAUUUGUCUGUGCAAAGAAAGCAGAACUGGAGCGUAAAGUGGCUCAGAGUUGUUCCCCAGUGUGACUCCCACGCUGCUGGCAGCUUCGUAGCUUGUGUGUUCAAAUGUGCUCUUCUAGAAGCAGGAUAAUUGCAUUUUCCUCUCCUCUAUCUGCUUGCUUUGGAAACAGUGUCACUGUUGACCCAGGUAGUCCUGUCUGCCAUCUGUCUCUGUUUCUCCAUCUCAAGGAAAGCUGCAUUUUGGGAAUCCUGAUGGUGCCUGCUGGAGUGGACGAAAGCGUAAUGUGGAAUGCUAACAUUUAGUUUUAAGUUCUCUGCAUCAAUAAAUUACUCUGCUGAAAUAGAUUUUGCAGUGUGAUCUUCAUCAGUUGUUCUCUUUCUUUCAGUCUUCCUGCCUCACCUUUCUUGUUAAGUAGUUUGAGAUCUGUGGGUCUCACUUGGCGAUUAAUCUCUGCGUUAGAUCUCUGUUCUUGCACUGAUGUUUCCUGGCUCUCUCAAAGCACCACUCUUGCCUCUGUUUCUCACAACACUCGCAUGCACUUUGAGGUGGCAAGGUACGCUUUCUCCAGGAGAUGGCAGCCCUGAACCAGAAAACGCAAAAGCAAUGCUCUUCUAAAGUGCUGUGGAAUUGGCAGGGGGCACAGAGCCUACAUAGAGCAGGGUUAAAGAAAGUUGUCUGGAAGCUGCUCUGAACGAGUUAAGAAGAAAAUGAAAUAUUCUGUAUUUUUAUUUGCAUUUGGUGUGCUGUCAUGAAACUUGCCUUUUGACAAGGAGCUUAGGUGAUAUCAGAACAGGAAGACACUAGCUUUUUCAUAUUAUAUGGAUUGUUGUAUUGCUGCAUGCUGAGUGUGGUGCAGUGGGUCUGGCUGUUAACCAGGUUGGUGGUUUGAGCCCAAACAGGGAUGGCUGUGGGGAGGAUUCCUGCAUUUCAGGGGGUUGGAGUAGAUGACCCUCGGGGUCCCUUUCAACUCUGCAAUUCUGUGAUUCACUCACAUAUUGUGUUACUGCCCUGUAGAUGGAAGCUGGCCUAAGAAGUUGUGCUUGGCACUUCAGUCGUAUCUUGAAUGACACUGGUUUCCUAGGUCGGUUUCAUACAAGGUUCAGACUUGGUUUUGGCACUGAAACUGCCUUGGUUGCCUGUAGGUUCCCCUACAUUUGGGAGGGAGGCGGGGGGAGUGUGUCCAUGUCGACUCCUUGAUUUCCUGACAGUUUUUGAUUCCAUUAACUAUGGCUUCCUUAGUGUCUCUGAGUUGGAAGCCAGGGGAGCGGCUUGGAUGGCCAGCUUCAGGAAUUGGUGCUUGGGGGAUAUUUUUCAGACCCAUGAAGCCUCCGAUGUGAGUUUUACAUGGUUUGCUUUUAUCCCCCCAUGCUGUUGUCCCCAUGCUGAUGACAUGCAAUUCUGCUCCCCACCCCCCCGGUAGGUGUGGCAGUGGAUGUGCUGGUCUUGGUAAUGGACUCGAUGAGAGCCAGCAAACCGAAGCUCAAUCCAGAUAAGUCUGUUGGUGGACACUUCCUCUGUCUCGAUGAGUGGAAUGCAUCCAGUUGUUUAUGAGGUUACAUUUCCCUUAAAGGAACAGAUGUGCAGCCCUGAGUUAUUUUUGGAUCCAGCACUGUCAUUGGAGGGACAAUUGGCCUUAGUGGUGUGCAGCGUCUUCUGCUAGCUGUGACACUAUGUGAAUGAGAGUAGCCUGGCUUAUGCUGUGUACGCUCUGACAACCUCCAGGUUCGACUACUGCAGUGUAUUGUACACAGAGCUGCCUUUGAAGAUGGUUCAGAAGCUACAGCUAGUGCAGAAUGCAGCAGCGAAAUUGGUAACUAGGAGGGCAUGAGCAUAUUGCACUGAUUCUGUCUCAGCUGCACUGACUGCCAGGUGGUUGUUGUUUUUUCUGGGUGCAAUUCAAAGAGCUAGUUUUGACCUUUAAAAUCUUAUAUGGUUCAGAAGAACUGCUAUACCUGCUUUCCCCGUAUGAACGUUUUCAGAGUGUAGACCUACGCCUACUGUGUCUGCCACUGUUAUGGAUGCCAAAUUUGUGGUAAUGCAAAGCUGGUACAGAAAUGGAUGAGCAGGGGCAAAAGAAGGAUAGAACAAGAAGCAAUUUAUCUGUGCAUCAUUCAGAAUGCAUUUCAGCUAAAUUUGUAUAGCUGUACAUACUUGAUACAGUACUAGUGCAGUAAGUUAUUUAUUUUAAGCACUGAUGUCUGCUAUAUGCUAUUACAUUGGUACCUCUGGUUAUGAACCUAAUUCGUUCCGGAGGGCCGUUCUUAAGCUGAAACCGUUCUUAUCCGGAAGUGCGCUUUUGCUAAUGGGGCCUCCCGCUGCGCGCGUGCCUCCGGCGCAUGAUUUCCGUUCGCAUCCUUUGGCAAAGUUUGCAACCAGGAGCAGCUACUUCUGGGUUAGCAGAGCUCAUAACCUGAAGGGUUCGUAACUGGAAGCGUUCGUAACCAGAGGUACCACUGUAUUAAAGAUUAGGGCAGGUAAAAAAUCAGCAAUAUAAAAAGUAGUAAAGCACAGAUAUCCACACAACGCAAACAUAAAAUCCAGUAUUUCCUUAACACAGAAAAGUAUGAAUACACUAGGUCAGAGAUUUGUGGGCUUGCAGGAGGAAGAACUUCCAGUUCUGGGAGGCACCAGCUAAGAAUACUGGCCUGGACGCCUGAUAAUAUUUUAAUAUGUGCAGGUUCGACCAGAGCAAUUGUUAGGGAACUUAGUGGGGAGAAUGUGGUCUCCAAAAUAUUCUCACUGCUCAUGUGCAGAAACAUCCACUGAUUCUUACCAUGGAAAAUACAUGCAUUUUAUACAUAUGUACAUACAUACAUUUAUACAUACAAAUUCAUACAAAUGUUCCCAUGACCAUCCCUCAGUGUUUCCAUAAUCAACUCAACAGGGAGCUAAAUACUUCAUUAUCCACUGUGGGUCCCUGGCAGCUGGGUCCCUCCAUUUCACAGUGUACAAGCAAUCUGCCAUGCUUGGGAGAGAGGAUUCUACCAUCCAAAAAUGGAUCUACCUGAAUGAAAGUGUUGUAUGAUGGGAUUCUCCUUGCCCUUUGGCUACCUUUUUAUUGGCAAGAGUUCUAGACCCUCAAAGCCUACUGUAGCCAGCUCUGUGUUUUUGGAAGCUGGUUCAAAAACUCCCAUUUAAGAGAACACUCCCUCCUCUGGCUACUCUUGACUGGAUUGCUGGUGACUGAAGAAAUGUCAUGCCUACUUAGUUGUUUCUCUGGUUUGUCAUAUUUGCCAGAUGUUGUGUCUCAAAUCUCAGAGCAUUUAUCAUUUAAUGGUAGCUUUUUGAGCUGCCUCCGGUACAAGAUUGCCCUCUACUCUUUUCACAAUCCUCUUGAUCAUAUCUCUCUGUGGUUGUCCUGUUAGUUGUGAUCGCACAUCCGUCACGCGGGCUGCAAAUACGUCUGGUGCUUGAGCUAUUUUUCUUUCCUCCCUUUCCCAUCCCCUUGUGUCACUUGCCACAAGCUUUUAUCUGCAGUUCACUUCAUUUCUCUAUUUUGCAUAGCCUGGUGCUGUUUUUUAAGCACUCUUCGCUAUGAACGAGGUCAAUAAAGCAACAAAGAUUGCUCUGCGAUGCGAUAGUGUUACUUUUGCUCGUUCUCUCCUGGCAAACUGCUUCCUUCUGUAAAUCAGGGGUGGCAAAUUCAAACAGAUUACAGGGCAAAGCUCUCUACCCUCCGUCAGGUUCCCAGGAGCCAUAACCAUCCCUACUCUAAUGCACGGGGAGUAGCAGGUCUGCUGAUUAACUUCUAAAAAUACUGCCUGCCGUCUAGCACCAGUUUCCUUCCCACUCCAUCUUGCAUAACAAAAUCUCUUUGCAAGCACUGCCCCCAGUUGGAAUUCCUUAAACCAGACUUCAGCACCCAGCAACCCUUUUCUAAGACCCACCCCCCUGCCACCUUGCCUGUCUAAAUAUCCUUGUUGUCACUCGACUCCUUUUCUGCAAAUUUCUCUGUGGGCCACUGCUGCCUAUUCCGCACCCUUGCUUCUCAGCUGCAAAUGCCAGCAAGCUGUCCGUUCUGCACUCCGUUCUGCUUCAUGCGUGUGCACUCUCCUGUACACGUCACCCUCCCUGACAUCUGGGCUGCUAAUUUAAAGGGAAUAGUGGAAGAGGCUGAUGCAAAGUGCAUGUGGUAACAGCCACUUGCCCUGGCAGGAGUGUUACUCCCUAGCCCCAGAGUCUUGGAUGAAUAAUUUGUGUGGAGUGUGGUAGGGAUGCCGCAGGCCACGCUGAAGACCACAAGAAGUCUAAUAAAGCCCCCAGGCCUUACGUUUGACAACCUUGUCUGGGAUCCUUCUUCUUUUCUCAAGUCUUUCCUGAACUACGUUUGGUCUGGCUUGAAAGAGAAGCAAGGGGCAAGAAUAAGAUGCAACCACACCUAUGUAGAGCAGGGCCCCCUCCUAUCUACUGGGACAUGGAGAAAAUGGUAUCUGGUGUGGCUUGCUAGCAUUUAUAUCCUACCUUUCCUCCAAGAAGCUGAGGGGAACAGACUUCAUUCUUCCCCACUCGCAUUCAUCCUCACAACAGGUUAGGGUGAGGGAGUGACUAGCCCAAGUCCCCCCAUUGAGCUUAAUAGCUGAGCUGGCCUCCUCCAUCCUCGUCUGAUCAUAUGGAGCUGGUGGUACUGAAGAAUUGCCAGCAGAUGGUGGUGCUUGGCUGCCUUGGUUUGCCUCAUGGUUGGCUAACUUUUGGCCUUCCAGAUGUUGCUCGGGGUUGGAGUCCAACAACAUCUGGAGGGCCACCGUUUAUUUCCACCUGACUUACAGAGACAGAAAUGGAAAGGUGGCAGCACAGGAAAUGAGCCCUGCUCGUGGCUACAAAGGAAGUCAGAGAUGUGGACACUCCCGCCAUCCUUUUUACCAAUAUGUUUGUGCAAAUGUUCUCGCCGCUUGUUUAGCAAACCAGUUCCCUCAAAGACGGUCAGUUCAGCUUCUUUAAAACAGCUUUGCAUCUCCUCCCACACACAAAAAAAAAACCCAAAUCCAAAGACAAAAGUUCUCUUUUAGAAUGCUUUUGCUGACUUCUAUUCAUCACUAAAACAUGCCUCAUCAUCUCUGGGACCUAGGACACCCCAAAUCCUUUUGCCUUCCAGCUGUCUUCCUCAGUCUUUCCCCCCUCCUGCCACAUAUUUUGGCUGAGUGACAGGAGAUGGUGGCCUAUGCAUUGGAAAGUCCUCUACAGAUUCCAGGUCAGCAGUGGCUUAAGAUAUCCAAAGAGGCCUCUAAGAAUACGUGGAGAAGGCUCAUCUUUUUUCUGGUGGUGUUACAAAUGUUAGAUUUCUUUCCAUCACACUUUUGAAUGAAGGUUCCCGUUUGUCUCAUUGGAAGACUCCUCUUCACAGUGACCUGUAUCAUCCAUCACCGUUUUUGUCUUCUCUUUUUGAUCCUUGACUUCUUCUCUCAUUCCAGCCUCCCCCCCCCACCUUUGUUAUACCAGUGUUGCUGUAUCUCCCUCCUUUUUCUUUUCCCAUUCACUUUCAGCCUCUGCCUCCUUGUUCCUUAUCCCUGAAAGCAGCAAUUUUGUUUCUCAUUCACUUUCUCUUCUUUCCUGUUUCUCCCCCGCUGCGCACUCCUGUUCCCCCCAGACAAUCUUUCUGCAGAUUCCUGUCAGUCACCACUCACCAUAGUGAUCCCUCUGUCCUUCAGACUAUAUUGCUACCGCCAUCAUUUCCCAAACCCUUUCCUUUCUUACACAUUACAAAACUGAUUGUCUUGACAUUCAUAUUUAAACACCUUCCUUUGAUAUCAGCUGAAGGACAAAGAGCCUGUCCAGUCUUUUACAGUUUCUCCAUUAGUUGCUGGAGUUACUUAUGCUAUGAUUUUACAGGUUCAGAACUGUACUGAGUCGUUGAUGAAACAGUGAUGUGAUGUAUGCUCGAGAAGGAGGACUAAUGCAUUCAGGAGUCUUUAUGCGAAUCUCUGCUUCAGCCACUUGGUAAAAAGCACUCCCAGUUGUCAUUCCAAUAAGCUAUGCGAGCAGCUGAAAAAGAAUUAGGAAAAAAAUAUGCUUCCAGUGCAAGGGAAAGGGGAAAGCUGUCUGCAAAAUGUCUCCCAUUGCUCUCUUUCUGAUACAGGACUGCUCUGUGUGUGGUCAUGAGAAGGAGCCCCGCUGUGUAAAGAUGUACUGACUGUGAAGUUCUCCUGAAUUUUAGGAGGAGGGUCGGCACUUUUACCUGCGCCCAUCCCACCAGUCACCCUGGAAGAGAAGGAAACCAUCACCAGGUUACUUGCUUCAAAGGGAGCUACCAUUCACGAGCUGAACACCAUCCGAAAGGCCCUCUCCUUGUUGAAAGGUGGGGGGUUGGCACGGGCUGCCUAUCCUGCCCAGGUGGGUAUGAGAUGCUGUCUGACUUUGCCCAGCAACUCUGUGAACAUUUAGAAAGGAGCAUCUUUUGUAACUCUAGGUCAGAUGUGGGUGGCAUGGAUAGACUUGAAGUGCAGAAGGAGUGGGCAAGUUGUUUGUUUGCUGUUUAUGUUGCUGUUUUGCCCUCCUUGACAUCAGUGAGCAUAAACUUGGUCAGCUCAGUUUCAGUGAAGCUGAAGAGAAGAUGGCAGGUAGCCAAAAAGCAUCUGAGGAAUGGUGGGCUACUGACCUUCAAAGAUGACCAACAUCUGUCUGCUUAGCACUCAUGAGAGAUCUGCUUCCGGAUUGCGCUCAAGACUGUGGGGACAGUGAAGGGGUAAACCCCAAAUAACACGCCCAGAAUGAACUAUGUAAUCACACACACAAAUUGAAGAGGAAGUCUUUUUAAAAUAUGUCUGCUUUUCUUUUCUUCUAUUUUCCCCUUUCCCUUUGUGCAGAAGUGAGGCUGAGCUUGGAAAGGAAGGAGGAUGGUGGGGAAAUGGAAAGGCAACAGGGUAUUUAAAAGCCACUAAAGUAGGACAAGCUAACGUGGUACCUUUCAGACGUUGCUGGACUCCCAACUUCCAAUCAGUUGAAGUCCUCAUGCCCUAAGGUCAGGGGUGAUGGGAGAUGUAGUCCAGCAGCAAUUGGAGGGUACCAUGUUGUCUCCCAAUCCCUAAAAAAUGUGCCCCUCUAGAAAUUAGUAGAAGCCCAACCUUGGUGAAACCUUUUUUUUUAAAGCUCUGAAGCCAUUACCAGAGGAUUCUUCCAUAUUUUUUUACACUGCCUUUGCCUAACCAUGAGAGCUCUCAAGUUUCAUUUUUAAAUGAAUGAAUGCAAAAGAAGCAAUAGAUUAGGGUCUCUUUAUUGAACAGACCACUUUAGCAGGAUAAUGGAAUUCUGUGCUUAAAAUCCCAAAGUAUCCAAUCAAAAUCCCAAUUUAUACAGCAGUUGUGGAUUAUGCGAAUUAAUUAGGUAUAUGCCUAGUUCUUAAUUCACAUUUCACACAAUUUGCACAUAGUUGGUUGGGGGUAAGAGGCAGGGAGGGUAGAAUACUUUUAAUAUUUAACAACUCCAGAAGUCUUACACAUUAAUAUAUGUUUUUUUAAUCAUGGACUGGGAAGGGUCAGCUGUUUCUCAAAGAAAAGCGAAGGGCAGAAAUCAAUUCUGUCUGAGUGGUGGGAAAGAGAUUGCUACUCUUGGAGUCAUUUUCAAAUGCAGUUGCUCACCAGUGGCACGGCUGAUGCAUUCAGUGCAGUGUUUAAAGACAUGGCUGGAUCAUUCACUUCUAUUUUUUGCGGAAGACAUGCAGGAUAAAUGAAUGUGAAUGAUUGUAGACAUUGGUUUUAAUAGGAUGAACCCUGAUCAAGAGUCUUUCUACAUACCGAGAAGCCCUUCUCCUCCUCAUCUAGCUUUCUCGCUGCCUCCUUUCCCCCCUCACCCUCUGCUGCUGUGAUGCCUGCUUCUGCAGGACUCACUGCCACUGCUGGUACUUGCACAGCCUAUGCCUUGAUACCAACACUGUUAAACACUUCCUCCUACAGCAGCAACAGUGGGAUACAAAAGGCAUUGCCUUUGGGUCCAGCUCCCCUGGAGAGUAAAGUCCUGGGGGGCAAGCAGUCCUGCAGGAGCAGCAUGUUAGCCAAGGGUGAUGAUAAAGAAGAAGCUUGUCCCACUCCAUAGUGACUGCUGGACUGGAGCAGCAGCUGCUGGCAAUAUCUGUCUUCCACCUGGGCCAGGAGGAGGAGAAAGAGGCUGUUGGCUGCUCCUUGGUCAGUAAGGAUGCUUGAUGAUAACGUAGCUCCAGCCAUUUGCUUCCCCUCGCCUCCCUCCCUUGGUGCAGCUGCAGUGGUAAGCGGAGAAAGGCAGCCAGCUUAUGGCAGUGCCUCCAACUUCCUGGGAGGGAUGGGGACAGGGCAGCCCAUCUGAAACAGUGCUGUGGCCUCCAGGUUGAGAAAUGCCAAAUUAAUCUAUUACGUUCAUCUGCGCACAGCUCUCAAGUAUACUUUGUAUUUAGGCAAUGCACACGUGCUGCAGCAGGCGUCAUCUCGGAAGCAUUCCCUCUAAAGGGAGAAAUGCCUUGUUUCAAAGACGGUGCUUGCUAUCUGCGGUUUUUAUAAAUACGCAUGAAUCUAUUUAAACAUUGCAGCCCUAAUCCUCAGCAUAAAUCCUAUGGAGUUCAGCAGCGUUGGCUUUCUGCGUCGUUUGGUUAGCAUUGCAGGCUCUUUGACUUACAGCUGAAUCUAGAAAGUGCCUGCUUUGAAACCAGUUGCUCCCGAAGUGUUAUGAGGGGAUGGUAAGCCCCCUCUGUGGGCUGUUUCACCCUGUGCAAGUCAUCGCACGAUCUUGCAGUCCCCGUGUGAUCAGCAUGCAUGGAGGAUCACACCCUCCUCCUUCUCCUCUUGCAGUUAAGACUCAAAUUCAGAGCAGGCACAGUGGAAUGUUAAUGAGCCAUUCCUGCCCUUCUUGCUUCUAGGUAUUGAGCCUCAUCCUCUCUGAUGUCAUUGGGGAUCCUUUGGACAUUAUUGCAAGCGGCCCCACUGUUGCCAGUUCCCACAGCACCCAGGACUGUUUUCACAUAUUGACCAGAUAUAAUAUGCUGGACACCUUGCCACAGUCGGUGCAGACCGUGCUGUCUGGCUCUGCCACGGGGCAUAACACUCCCAAAGACUAUUCCCACGUCUUCAACGUUGUCAUUGGCUCAAACAGGUUAGCUUUGGAGGAAGCCCGGUGCCAGGCAGAGGAGCUGGGUUACUUAACCCUGGUUCUGAGUGACGCGGUGUGUGGGGAGGUCAGCACAGUGGCUCGUCUCUACAGCCUGUUGAUUCAGCUCAUUUGCCUGAGCACUGCGAGAGGUGCCCGGACCGACCUUUUGAAAGACAAGGUGGAAGCAGCACUCUCCGGCCUGGAAGCCCAGCUGGCGAUCCCAGGCUUGAACUGUACACACGCUUUGAAAGCUUUGCAAGAAUCCCAAGCAGGAAGACCCGUUUGCCUUCUGGCCGGGGGAGAAACCACCGUGCAGCUUCGAGGAAGUGGGAAGGGGGGACGGAACCAAGAGCUGGCUCUGCGAGUGGCUUUGGAGCUGCACAGAGCCAAGUCCACGGAGGCCGGCAGCUUUCUGGAGAAAUACGAAAUCAUGUUCCUGAGUGGCGGAACUGACGGGCAAGAUGGGCCGACAGAGGCUGCCGGGGCCUUCAGCAGCCAGGAGCUGGUGCGUGAGGCUGAGCAGGAAGGCUUCAACGUGGAAACUUUUCUGAGCAAUAAUGAUUCAUACACAUUCUUCACCGAGUUCCAAAAAGGGCGCCACCUUUUGAUGACGGGCCUGACAGGCACAAAUGUCAUGGACGUUCAUGCUAUUUUAAUCAGAGCUAAAGGUGGUUAGCGAUGCACCAGACGUUCAGAUUCUUCUUACUACAAAGGAAGAACUAUGGGCAAGUCUAGGCUGCAUGAAACAGGGAGCCUUCCUGCCCAGACUGUCAAUGUCAGAUUCCAAAAGUUGCAAUUAGACACAUGGUAGAUGUUUCCAAGGCAAAAGAUAAUCAUAAUCCUGGAUAUUAAGGUUGCAUUAGCACCUCCUGGUUUAAGACUACUAUCGUAAUUUUUUUUCCUGAUAGGUUUUUUUUAAAGUAUCUUUUAAUUGAUUUUUUAAAAGAGGAUAAGUGCUUUAAUUGGAUAAAUGCACUCUGUGUGGAGCGUCCCUUGCAUUUGAUCCAGAAGCUACAGUUAGUGAAGGACACUGCAGCACAGUUGCUGGCAGUAGUGAGACCUUGCCAUAGGAUUCUGCAGAUACUCCACACUCCCAUCCCAGCCACCACGGAAGGGUCUGCUCUUCUGCCACCAGUGCUCUGAUGGAGAGGCCAAAAAAGGGAGCAUUCUGGGACUGGGGUUGGGAAAGGCUUUGGAACUGCCCUCCCAUUCCCCUGAACACUCCCAGAACAGGAGAAAAAAAUACACCAGCCUUAUAGUACUUCCAUUAGGAACACUCCCCACUCCAAAAAAGACGGACUGAAAGAAGAGGUUAGCAGAAAAAGGAUCACUGUAUCAGAUCUGUCUUCUGUUUCCUAUAUGUACUAUAGAUUCCACAUCUGUUUAAGUCUGCUGUAGGCUAAACAUCCUACCCAGACACCACCUACUGAGUGAUACCUUCUUUUUUUUAACUGGAAAACUGCCUUUCAUUCUCCCUUUCUCACAGUGACCCAUGUCUAAUGCACUGCCCAUUAUAAAAUAAAAUAUAUUUGCCAGUUAACUCAU